AUGGCCCCCCGCCGCAACCGCAACCGCCUCCUCUUCAUCCUCGUCCUCUUCGCCGUAGUAGGAAUCCUCUACCUCACCUCCUCCUCCCGCGCCGUCGCCACCCACGACUUCUACACCCGCACCCGCUCGCGCCUCGAGACCAAUGGGGGGAGCAGCAGCAACAGCGGUAGCUCCCUAGACAAAAUCACCCCCCAGCGCAAGACCAGCAUUGGAAGCGACGACGAUGAAGUCGCCAAAGCAAUGAGUCGCCGCCUCAUGGAUGCAGAGGUCGCGGCGAAGGAGAUGGCUAAUAAGAAGGCUCCGACGAGGGAGAGCGUUAUGGGUGAUGAUGGUGGUGCUGGGAGCGAUAAAGAUCGUGGGGAGGGUGCCCAGAAGGUGGUGGUGACGCCGCCGAAGGAGAUAGUGAAGGAUAGUGGGAAGGGGGCGAAGGGUGCGAAAGAUAGGAAUGUGGCGGGGAGGAAGAAGUAUCCCAUUGCGGAGGAGGGGAAGGUGGUGGAGAAACAGGAGAAGGAGAAGGUGGAUGAGUCGGAUGAGGCGGUUACGGCGGGGAUGAAUGGGAUUCUUAAGAUGUCGCCUAUUAUCAUCUUCUCCAAAUCCUACUGCGGCUUCUCGCGCAAGGCAAAGUCCAUCCUCCUCACCAAAUACGUCAUAACACCCACCCCCUACGUCGUAGAACUCGACAAGCACCCUCUCGGCCCGGCCCUACAGGCGCGGCUGGCGACGAUGACGGGACGCAAGACGGUGCCGAAUGUGUUGUUGGGGGAGAAGGUGGUGGGGUUGGGCGGGAAGGGGGUUAGUGUUGCUUUGCGGGAGGUGGAGGGGGAGGGGGAGGUGUGA